CUCUCGCUUCCGGUCGUCCUCUGACACGCUGGGACGAAGCGGAAGAGAGAAUCGUCUCCGCGGUGGUUUGUUGCUUCCCGUCCGCGAGUCCAGCAGUGUGUCUUUGUGCGGGUGCGUGCGUGCGUGCGUGCGUGUGUUUAUGAAGUCGGAAGGGGGGAAAUAAUCAGCUUUUGUCUGCUGUGUUUACAUCCGACCCCCGAGUUAAAGCAUCCGGGGGAGGAGGAGGAGGGAAUGGAGUCUCACGGCAGGGACGAGCUGAAGGGUCCGGUGCUCCACAUCGUGGUGGUUGGAUUCCACCACAAGAAGGGCUGUCAGGUUGAAUUCUCGUACCCGCCGUUGAUGCCCGAUGAAGGUCACGACAGCCACCUGCUGCCAGAGGAGUGGAAGUACCUCCCCUUCCUGGCGCUUCCCGACGGGGCGCACAACUUCCAGGAAGACACUGUGUAUUUUCACCUGCCGCCUCUGAAUGAAGACAUGAAAUGUGUCUACGGAGUUUCCUGUUAUCGCCAAAUAGAAGCAAAGGCCCUGAAGGUGCGACAGGCCGACGUCACCAGGGAGACGGUGCAGAAGAGCGUCUGCGUCCUCAGUCGAGUGCCUCUCUACGGUCUGCUUCAAGCUAAGCUGCAGCUCAUCACACACGCCUACUUCGAGGAGAAGGACUUCUCGCAGAUCUCGAUUUUAAAGGAGCUGUACGACCACAUGAACGGCUCUCUGAGGGGCUCGGCUCUGGAGGGGUCACAGAUGUAUCUCGGUUUAUCGCCGAGGGAUUUAAUUCUUCACUUUCGACACAAGGUCCUCAUCCUCUUCAAGCUCAUCCUGCUGGAGAAGAAGGUCCUCUUCUAUGUGUCUCCUGUCAACAGACUAGUGGGAGCUCUGAUGACCGUGCUAUCACUGUUUCCAGGUAUGAUCGAGCACGGCCUGGCGGACUCGUCCCACUACCGGCCUCAGAGCAGCGUGUCGGAGGACCCGACUCUGCUGGAGAGCGUCUCCGGAGCCGAGGACUUCGUCUCCGUGUCCGUCACCGACUUCGCCGACGGCGAGCUGGAGCUGGCGGGGGCCGCCGCGGAGCCGGAGCCGGGGGACCGCCGCCGCCACCUCCUCAAGCCGCCGCCGCCGCGCGUCUCUCCGGAGUCCUCGGAGAGCGAGUGGGAGACUCUGGACCCCGCCGUGUUGGACGAGGGUCCCCAAGAGGCCGCCGCGGAGGGCGGCGAGACGGAGCCGCUGCUGGACGCCUUCGACUCCGAGCCGGCGACGCCCAUCACGGUGCAGCCGCAGUCCGCCGGCGGGCAGGGAGGGGUCGUCCAGGGUCUGGUGUCCGGUCUGGAGGAGGACCGGUACGGCCUGCCGCUCCCCGUCUUCACCAAGGGUUACCUGUGUCUGCCCUACAUGGCCCUGCAGCAGCACCACCUCCUGUCGGACGUGACGGUGCGCGGCUUCGUGGCCGGUGCGACCAACAUCCUCUUCCGCCAGCAGAGGCACCUCAGCGACGCCGUCGUGGAGGUGGAAGAAGCUGGAGUCCACGUCCAGGACCCGGAGCUCCGCAAGACCCUCAGCCUGACGACGGCGGACCUGCGCUUCGCCGACUACCUGGUGAAGCACGUGACGGAGAACCGCGACGACGUCUUCCUGGACGGGACGGGCUGGGAGGGCGGAGACGAGUGGAUCCGGGCGCAGUUCACCCUUUACCUGCACUCGUUACUGUCCUCCGUGUUACAGCAAGACAACGAGAGGCUGCUCGCCGACUACGGCGUCCCGUUCGUGACGGCCUGGAAGAUUACCCACAACUACCGGGUGUGGUACAGCAACAAGCACCCGGCCAUGGCCGCCAUCACGCCGGGACACCCGUUCCAGGGCCAGUACAGUGUUGCUGACGUGAAACUACGACUCUCACACUCGGUGCAGAACAGCGAGAGAGGGAAGAAGAUCGGGAACGCCAUGAUGACCACGAGUCGCAGUGUGGUCCAGACGGGGAAGGCCGUGGGUCAGUCCGUGGGCGGAGCGUUGACCAGCGCUAAGUCGGCCAUGUCCUCCUGGUUCUCCACAUUGGCCCCGCCGCCGGCGGUGACCACCGCGGAGCAUCCGGAGCCCUCCGCAGAAGUCCAGCCCUGAAAAACCCCCAAAACCCAGCAGACUCUGUCCUCGUCCUCUUCCUGCCUCUUCCUGUUCAGUGGACUCGAGAGAUGCUUUUAUGAAGGAUGAUCAUAAUAAUGACAGUCUCGUCCUCGACGCUGUACAGUCCACACAUAUCCACUGUGAGGCAGAGAAGACUGCCCGGCGGCUCUUUUGAUCAAAAAAAACCCCCAAAAAUGUUCAGCCGGCUGCAUCGUGUCUGUUCUGCAUUUUGAUGGAUGCUUUUUCCUGCGAGACGCUGAAGACGCCGGCGUUUUGGUUGUGUUUUUUUCUCGCGGUUUGACAGAAAAAAAAAAGCAUGAGCUGUGGCACCUUUUUAAAAAAAAAACUUUAUUUAUUUUUUUUGGACUCUGUGGCGUCUCGGUAUGUAAUCGCACUGUGGUUGUCGUGGUAACUGCAUGAAUUCUUACGUAAAAAAACAAACACAAGCUUCAUAUUUUUCCUUUUUAAGUUCCUAUCAGUGGGUAAAAUGUAUAAAUAAAGCUGUAAUAAGAGCUGUUAUGUUAGCCAACAAGAUAACGCUAACAAACUUAGCUCGCUAAUUCUACUUUAAUUUAAUUAUUAAUAAUUCUACACAUUUACAGAACAAUGUUAAAAAUAUGAAGCGCUUUAUUUUAAAUAUUUGACCAACAGUUUUAAUUAUCGAUGCAUUCAGUAAAGUUUCAUUUUACUUUACGGACAUCACGUCAAUUUCUGGUCUUCAAAAUACUCCUUUUUUUUUUGAUAAUAAGAUUUUUAAAGAUGACGCAGGGAAUUCUCCCCUUUCUCCAUUUUGACAUUUUAUUCAUGGCAUUUUUCCACAUAAAUAAAUACAUUUCCAAAAAAUCAACUGGAACUUUCACACCAACCCGACGUAAUUACAAAAACCCGAACGCCGUUACUGCAAUAACCACCACGCCGUUUACGCGAAUCCUCGUGUACCCGAUGCCUGAAGCCUCCCUCGACUAUGAAGGAACCUGCACCCAGCCGUGUUUGUCAGGGUGCUUGUUCACCCUCACCCUUUUUUUAUACUACACGUUAGAAAAAGUAUAUUUAGUAAUAGUAAAUAGUUUAAAGUCGGGUAACUUAUUUAUUUGCUUGCGCAUAAACUCAUAGAUAUCCAUUGUUUUGUCAUGACCAACACUGGAAGAAAGAAAAGUCCCUCUGCCUCUGGCAAAGCAGCCAUUAUAUUCUAUUUAUGUGACUCUU